AUUCCUAGAGCGGUAUGGGCUUGCCGGAUUUCAACAGCUGGAAACUAAUUUAUUGGUGGAAGUCUGGUAGAAUUUAUAGUAGCUAGACUAUUUACUUUUCUUUAGUCAUCUGUUAAUAAGAAAUAUCAUUUGAAAGUAUGGCGUCAUCUGAUGUUGCUCGGCAGUUGCAGGACACAAAUGCACGACCUCUGUCAUUGUCGGGUCAUGUUGGUUUUGACAGCUUGCCUGAUCAACUCGUCAGCAAGUCAACCAACCAGGGUUUCUGUUUCAACAUCCUCUGCAUUGGUGAAACGGGUAUUGGCAAGUCGACCCUGAUGGACACGCUGUUCAACACCAACUUUGAGAACUUUGAGUCCUCUCACUUUGAGCCCAAGGUGAAGCUCCGGGCACAGACGUAUGACGUUCAGGAGAGUAAUGUUGAGCUAAAGCUCACAAUCGUUAAUACCGUGGGCUUUGGUGACCAGAUGAACAAACAGGAAAGCUACCAGCACGUGGUGGACUACAUCGACACCCAGUUUGAGUCUUACCUGCAGGAGGAGCUGAAGAUCAAGCGAUCGCUGCAUGACUUCCACGACUCCCGCAUCCACGCGUGCCUCUACUUCAUCGCCCCUUCUGGUCACUCACUCAAGUCACUGGACCUGGUCACCAUGAAGAAGCUGGACAGCAAGGUCAACAUUAUUCCAGUCAUUGCCAAAGCAGACACCAUCUCUAAGAGUGAACUCCACAAGUUCAAGAUAAAAAUAAUGAGUGAGCUGGUUAGCAAUGGUGUCCAGAUCUACCAGUUCCCCGCUGAUGAUGACACGGUUGCUAAGAUCAACACUGCUAUGAAUGGUCACCUCCCCUUCGCUGUGGUGGGCAGCACAGAGGAAGUGAAAAUUGGGAGCAAAAUGGUGAAAGCUCGACAGUACCCCUGGGGUGUGGUGCAAGUGGAGAAUGAGAAUCACUGUGACUUCAUGAAGCUGAGGGAGAUGCUGAUCUGUGUGAACAUGGAGGAUCUGCGGGAACAGACGCACACGCGACACUAUGAGCUCUAUCGCCGCUGCAAACUGGAAGAGAUGGGCUUCAAAGACACGGAUCCUGAGUGCAAGCCAGUCAGCCUGCAGGAGACCUACGAGGCCAAGCGGCAGGAGUUCCUGGGCGAUCUGCAGAAGAGGGAGGAAGAGAUGAGGCAGAUGUUUGUUCAGAGGGUGAAGGAGAAGGAGUGUGAGCUGAAGGAGGCUGAGAGAGAGUUGCAGAGCAGGUUCGAGCAGAUGAAGAGGCUGCACCACGAGGAGAAGUGCAAGCUGGACGAGAAGAAGAGGAUGCUGGAGGACGAGAUCAACACCUUCAGCAAGAAGAAGGCUGCCACGGAGCUGUUGCAGGCGCAGUCCUUCAACACCAACAUCAAAAAAGACAAAGACCGCAAGAACUCUGGCUUCAUGUGAAGAAAGCUCGACACGGACCUCUGCAUUCUGGUGGAGACCAACAAAUUCCUCAUUUUCAUCCUUUAUUGCUCUUCUAUAUGCUGACCGCUAUCCCUGUCUACUGCCUGGGCAGUCUCGUGCCAAACUAUUUAUGUACAGUAUUUACCAUCCUGUAUUUUAUACACUACACUGCGGUGGUAUUCUGUAACUUUUUAAAACCAAUGCUCCUUUGUGUUGCAUUCUUGUUCUUUUGACAUGUUCUCUUCAGUCAUUUUAAUAGGACUAGAAUCAUUGUUAAGACUUAUUCCCACAUACAUGGAUAAUGUGCCAUUUUUGUACAGAACAGAUAUAUAUAAAAAAAAAAAAAGCCCAGUCCUUUUUUUUAAUUUUUUUAAUUUAGAGUAUGGAAACCAUCAUCCAUUAAUUAAGAAAACAGCCAUCACUGGGGUUCCACUACAUUGGGCAGGAUGCCCAUUCCUACCAUUUUGAAGAAAGCUUAUUAAAAAUGAAUCUUAUUAACUAUACUAUGCAAAUGUUGAUAUGAAACUACUUGCGCUCACACACUGCCUUGAAACUACUAUGUGCCUUAUCUUUAUGUGUUCGUAUUUGGAAGUACUUAUUGGCAGCUGCUACUAAAAGGGAGAUCUGUUGGAUGCGAAGCAUUUUUGUCCAGUAAGUUAAGUUGCAUGUAUUUUGGUGAUGUGUGGACUCCACUAAUGCAGCAAUGAUUCACCAAACUCAUGUUUUGGAACUUUCACACAAAGUAAUGUGGGCUAAUUAUGGAAACAGCCAUGUUGUGAGAUAUGGUGUGUAUUAGCAAAAAUAAAAUGAUAGUUCUCAAAA